AUGGCUAAUACAGCAGAUACGCCGUUCCACCGUUGGGCGAGAGCUAACUUCACUACCAGCUUCCUCUACCCUAUAUUGGGUGUCUGGUUCUUCUUGAAACACAGAUACAUGUGGCCGCUGCUAGGAGCCAAGAUGCUGCCUCUGAUCGUCCUGUCAAUCUUCAUCCUGGUCAUAUUGUUCUUGACAGCCUACCUGCCCCAAGUCGCCCUCCUGAAGCUUUUUCACAAGGGAGGCUCAGCCUGGGUAAACGGCACAUUCUUGGUUCUCACUGAAGGAAAUCUCAUCAUUGCUCUUCUUUUCGAAGCUUUCCUUGUCGACCACACUCAAGUCGACGUCUUCGAUACUGUCAUGGUAGCCCGAGGCCAUGCAGAACUCGUAAAGGCAAAGCGAACAGUGGAUACCGAAGAGCCCGAAACACCUCUCAAAGCACUUGGUCCUCGCGACAAGGGUGCGGUGUUCGCGCCCUUCUCUUUCCGCCAGCUGUUUGAGUUUGUGGUUCUUCUACCGCUCAACUUUAUACCUUUCAUCGGAGUACCUCUCUUCUUGAUUCUGACUGGAUACCGUGCUGGACCUCUGUUGCAACGCCGUUACCAUAACCUGAAGGGCAUGAACAAGGACCAGCGCAAGAUCUUCAUCCGCAACAAGUCGAUGAGAUUCCAGUACAUGUGGUUUGGUACUGUUGCACUUGUUCUGCAACUUGUUCCUGUGCUCAGCAUGUUCUUUUUAAUCACGACUGCUGCAGGAAGUGCUCUUUGGGCAGCAGAUCUGGAGGAUCACAAGCGCCGCCACGAAGAUGCUAUUGAGGAUGGAUACACCGACGAGCCCUGA